AUGAUACGUCUCAAUAGGGUUUGUGAAUAUGCUGCAUCAUCAAAAGAAGAAUGGGAAGAACAAUGCAAGCUGUGGCCAACUUCAUAUCAUCCACCUACGUACAAUAUCGACGGCAUUACUGGAUUUAAUGAAGAGGAUGCUCAAUUAGUUUUCACCUUCAUGAAAUUUGCAAUUGAUUUAGCUAAAUCUGUGGCUGAUCAGUCAACAUCAUUCUGGUACACCUCAUGGUCAUGCUUUGUUAAGGUGGAUUGGGAAGAAGUGCUUUCUGUAAUGCCUUCUGAGGCCAGUUUGAAUCUGAAGUCCACCUUUCACGUGGGGAGAAUAAUGAAAACCCCACAUCUGUCAAUGGUCAAUAGCCAAAACCAGUUCUUGAAUCACUCUGUUUUAAUUCCUGGGAUCUGA